AUGCCUGCGGGCUGCACACGGUGCGCAGCCGCGCCGCCGUGGCUGGCGGAGCGCUCCCGCCUGUUCGAGGAGCUCUGGGCGGCCCAGCAGGAGAGGCUCCGAGCGCGGGAGCCGCGGCCCGUCGCGGUGUCGCUGCCCGGGGGCCGGACGGUGGCGGCGCGGGCCUGGCGCUGCACCCCCUACGCCGUGGCCCGCCAGCUCAGCGCGACGCUGGCGGACGCCGCCGUGGCCGCGCUCGUGAACGGCCAGCCCUACGACCUGCAGCGGCCCCUGGAGACGGACUGCGACCUCCGGCUCCUGACCUUCGACUCCCCCGAGGGCAAAGCCAUAUUCUGGCACUCCAGCACCCACGUCCUGGGAGCAGCAGCUGAACAGCUCCUGGGGGCAAUCCUCUGCCGAGGCCCGAGCACAGAGUGCGGCUUCUAUCAUGACUUCUUCCUGGCAGCACAGAGAACAGUUCGGGGCUCGGAGCUGCCAGAUUUGGAGCGGGUCUGCCAGGAACUCAUAGCUGCUGGCCAUCCCUUCCGGAGACUUGAGGUCACCCAGGCUCAGCUUCGCCAGCUCUUCAAGGAUAACCCCUUCAAGCUUAGCCUGAUCGAGGAGAAAGUGACGGGUCCAACAGCAACAGUGUAUGGGUGCGGAAUGCUGGUUGAUCUUUGUCGGGGCCCUCACCUUCGGCACACGGGGCAGAUUGGAGGACUGAGGCUGCUCGCGAAUUCAGCAUCCCUGUGGCAGUCCCCGGGCACCCCUAAGCCCCUGCAGAGAGUAUCGGGGAUCUCCUUCCCCACAGCGGAGGCGCUGCAAGCCUGGGAGAGAGAGCGGGAAGAGGCCCAGCUCCGGGACCACCGGCGUAUUGGCAAGGAACAGGAGCUCUUCUUCUUCCAUGAGCUGAGCCCCGGCAGCUGCUUCUUCCUACCCCGAGGGACCCGAGUGUACAACGCGCUGGUGGCCUUCAUCCAGGCAGAGUAUGCCCGCCGAGGUUUCUCAGAGGUGAAGACCCCCACUCUCUUCUCCACCAAGCUCUGGGAAGUGUCAGGGCACUGGAUGCACUACCAGGAGGACAUGUUCUCGCUGAAGCCCCCGGGCUCCCAGGGCGGCCCAGCACACAUGCUGGCCCUCAAGCCCAUGAAUUGCCCUGCUCACUGCCUGAUGUUCGCUCACCGGCCCAGAUCCUGGCGGGAGCUGCCCCUGCGGCUGGCGGACUUUGGAGUUCUGCACCGGGCAGAGGCCUCUGGUGGCCUGGGGGGUUUGACCCGGCUGCGGUGCUUCCAGCAGGAUGAUGCCCACAUCUUCUGUGCACCCGAUCAGCUGGAGACAGAGAUCCGAGGGUGUCUGGAUUUUCUGCGUUCGGUCUAUACUGUCCUCGGCUUUUCCUUCCACCUCGCACUGUCAACAAGGCCAGCCAGCUUCAUGGGGGAUCCCAGCCUGUGGGAGCAGGCAGAGCAGGUCCUUCAGCAGGCGCUGGAGGAGUUUGGGGAACCCUGGACCCUCAACCCUGGAGAUGGGGCCUUCUAUGGGCCCAAGAUUGAUGUUCAUCUCCAUGAUGCCCUGGGCCGGCCUCAUCAAUGUGGAACAAUCCAGCUUGACUUUCAGCUGCCCCUGAGAUUCAACCUGCAGUACAAGGGGCAGACUGGGGCGCUGGAGUGCCCUGUCCUUAUCCACCGGGCAGUACUGGGCUCAGUGGAGAGGAUGUUGGCGGUGCUGGCAGAGAACUGCGGAGGCAAAUGGCCCCUGUGGCUGUCCCCGAUGCAGGUGGUGGUCAUUCCAGUGGGGCCCGAGCAGGAGGACUAUGCCAGCGAGGUGCAGCAGAGCCUGAGGGCAGCGGGGCUGGUAGCUGACCUGGACGCGGACCCGGGACUGACCCUCAGCCGGCGAGUUCGCCGGGCCCAGCUGGCCCAGUACAAUUUUCAGUUUGUGGUCGGCCAGAAGGAGCAGAGUCAAAGGACAGUGAACAUUCGCACUCGAGACAACCGUCGGCUGGGAGAGCGUGAGCUGCUGGCCACAGUGCAGCGGCUGCUGGAGCUGCAGGCCUCCAGGGUGCCCAAUGCCGAGGACAUCUUCUGAGCUGCUGUGCAGAAGUGGCAGAGUGGCAGAGGCCCGCGGGCUCCUGGCCCACCCUGACUCACACGGGACCCAUCCACACCCGAGCCAAGGACUUGGGCACCCAGCGGGCCACAGUCUGAGGGGAGCUGUGGCUGUGUGAGAAAGGAACAAUAAACUUGAAGUUACUGGG